AUGUCAAUUGCAUCAACUCUAGCUGUGCAAGUAACCAACUUAUCAGUCCAUCUAAAUUAUCAAAACAUGCAAUUCCGGGGAUUGACGGAUGAAUAUUGGAAGAAACAUGUAUUCAAAAAUUUUCCCCUUGAGAGCCGAUCGAUAAAGGGUCCAGAAGAGGGUGAAACCUGGUUUGAUGUCUACAAAAAAACUGAGGCGGAACAUAAACGUCGACUUGAUCGAUUUAUCAAUCGCUCCACGCAAAAGAUUAAGGCUGAAGAAGAGAGUCGUCGAAAAACCCUUGUAACCGACGUAAUCACUCCUCGUCGACGUCGUAGAAACGGUGGCGGUAUUGUUUUACCCCGUCGUUUUCAUCGCUCUGGCUCACCCCCUGAAAGAAGGGCCUUCUUCACUCCAAUCAAUAUGAGUUAUCCAUCUUCGUCCUCCUCGCUUGGAAAUCGAAACACCUCGGGCUCAAGUCGAUCUGGUAACCGUUCGUUGUUGCAGAAGUUGAGGAAACAAUUUCUCAAUGGAAGAUAA